UAUGUGUUUGACAGACUUUUGUUCCUGGAGUGAUUGAUGUCAUCAAGCCAUGAUGUAACUUCAUGAUUCCGGCUUUGAUCUCAUACUGUACCAGUCUUUGAUGAAAACGCAGUAAUGUUUCAUAAAUCCCACUCAGGGCAGGAGGUAGAAAGUAGUACAUACAACUGCAACAUCACAGAUGUCAUCUGUUGUGAAACAUUACAAAUAGGCGCCAGACUCCGUGCUGUCAGGUUAGAAAGAAUAAAAGUCUACAAACAGGCAGUAAUGCAACAUAAUAGAGACCAGUUGUUGUUUGAAACCCACACCAACUGGAUGCCUGCUGCCGUAACAUCAAAGAGGAAGAAAACCAUGGUUCUGUUGAUCGGCGUACCAGCGAUAAAGCAGCGUGUGAAUGAGGACCCAAUCUGAGACCAGUACAAGGCAACAUGAUGACUGUCCGACGGCACCCUUCAGAGUUAAAGAGCAACAAACCGCCUGUACUGCCACCCGUUAAACACCACGCCCAGAAAAUACAAAACGGUUUUUGCCCCAAACACCAAGCUGUCAAGCUGCCCUCUGUACCCAGGGGCCAACUCAACUACCCACUGGGACAGUCUCUUCCUACAAACAUUGUCAAAUCUCUGCAGACCACCUCUCAGCAGCCCACUGUUGCACGCCGGAGAAGUCUGCAGACCUCAGGAACACAGAUCUCAGGGUUUGUCAAGAAAAACCAAAGGGUGAUGUCCUCUGCCCGAAAACCGCCCCUGUCCAAAGAAGUUAUACAGAGACACGUCAAGCAGUAUCUGACCAAGUAUGAGCUGGAGGAAAUCAAGCGUUACAAGAAUGUGUGGUACCUGGGAGGUAUGAUCAAAAAGGUUCAGGGCUGCGACUCUGAUCCCAACAACUCUGGCUACGACAACAUGGAAGGAUUCUACAAAAUAGUCAUCAAUGACCAUCUGGCGUUCCGCUAUCAAAUCCUGGCGAUCCUUGGAAAAGGGUUUUCAGGGCAUGUUCUGAAAUGCAAGGAUCACAAGACCAUGGAACUGGUGGCGGUCAAGAUAAUCAGAAAUAAUAAGAGGAUUCCACAAAUGGCCAAGAAUGAACUGGAAAUUCUAGAAGCUCUACAAAAAUUUGACAAGAAGAGCACAGCCAACAUCGUACACAUGAAGGAGAAAUUUUACUUCCGCAACCACCUGUGCAUCACCUUUGAGCUCUACGAGAGGGACCUUAAAAAAGUGUUAAAAACUGACAUGCGAAGAGUCAACGAGACGGAGCUGAGGAAGUACACCAUGGACGUACUGCGAUGUCUGCAGCUCCUCCGAACAAAGAAAAUCAUCCACGGGGACAUAAAACCGGAAAACAUACUGAUCCAGAGGAAAGCUCUGGGACGACACGCAGCAGUCAGUGACUUUGGAGGAAGCUACUUUAAGAAAGACAGCUUCGAACACAAACCUCUUAUCCAUACAUUAAAUUAUGCAUCUCCUGAGGUUCUCCUGGGUGAAAAAUGUGGGCCGGCCACUGACAUGUGGAGCAUGGGCUGCAUGUUAGCUGAGCUUCACCUGGGCUUCGUGCUUUUUAAGGGACAUGACAACGAAAGCCAGUUCUGCCGUAUAAUGCAGGUGCUGGGCGUCCCGCCUAAAGAGCGGCUUUUAAUUUCACCACAGCAGCACAAGUAUUUUGAUCCCACAGGAAUCCCUAGAAGGAUUAGUGACAUCGCAGAUCAGAGCACCACUCUCGAACAUGUAUUGAAAGCGAGGAACCCUGAUUUUGUUGAUUUCAUAAAUCGUUGUCUUGAAUAUGAUCCAGAAAAACGUCUCACACCGAACCAGGCUCUAAACCAUCCCUGGAUACUGAACACAGGUGUCGUACGAUCUCGAUCAGACGCCUCAGUGUCGACCAGCAGGAUGCCCACAACCACCAUGCUGAAGAGAGAGACAGUUAUAUCUAAGCAGAUGCAGCCGAACAAGAAGACCAAAGCAGGGAAGGGAGGGAAUUUAAGAAUAAACAGAUAUUGACAAGUUGUUAACGUUUAAACAUUUAAAGUCUUAAAAGCACGGGGUGCUGCAGACAUAAUGACAUAAAGACGGCGUUUUCUUUUUAUAUUUGACUUUAUUUAUCCGUUGCCAUGGGGCGGGUCCCAUUAUUUCAUGAACCAAUCAAUGAGGGCGGACUCCUCUGUGACUUGAAAAGUUGACCUUUUCCCCAUUGAUCUGAUAGAAAUGUUCGUAGGCAGAUGACUGAGUCUGUUUCUGACACUGAGGUAAUCAAAAAAAUAAUCUAACACGAUGUUGAACCAACUCAUCUAAAUAUUUUUGACUAAUUAAUGUUUAAAGUUUAACCACAUUAUGUCAUGUCAUUAUGACAGCAGUAGAAACCAGGGGGACGUGUUCUCUCCUUUGUUUUGGGCCCAGAAUCAGACCUAAUGUUCCGUUCAGUCGUCUGUCAUCACAUGUUCAAGCUAACAGUCCAUUUGUUCCCAUAAUGCCUAGAGUUGUGGGCGGCUCUGCAUCAGUGGAACUGUCUGGGGUCAGCUGGACCACCUCCCCCCACAUGGGGGCCAGAUAAGAUUAGAGCACCUCAGCCCUUUCAGGAAGCCACUUAUAUGAACUGGCAGGAACUCACACUUGAACCACAAACAACUCAUGAAGUCUGAUAUUAUAACCUCGGUAUUAUGUCCAGAACAAAGGUUACAUUUACGUAUGUUUUCCCAAUUAAACCGUUGAAACCAACCCAUUUCACCGACUGGUGUGUUUGUGCAGCCAGUUAUCACAGGUCACACGUGGCUUCUGUAAGUUCCAACUGGACGGUACGUGUCAGAACCUUGUCAGCUGAAUGACGUGUCCCCGUCCAACUCAACGCCACUGAAGCCUAACAUGGAAUGGAAUUGUGAGUCCACUCCAAGUGUCACAGGCUACCAGGAAUAAUAACCUGGUGCCUCUAAUGCUAGACCUAAAUCUUGUGAGCGGCAUUACUGCCAC